CCUGGGACCACCAACAUGGGCCGUGUCCGCACGAAGACUGUGAAGAAGGCGGCACGGGUGAUCAUCGAGAAGUACUAUAUGCACCUGGUCAACGACUUCCACACCAACAAGCGUGUGUGCGAGGAGAUCGCCAUCAUCCCCAGCAAGAAGCUUCGCAACAAGAUCGCGGGCUACGUCAUGCACCUCAUGAAGCGCAUCCAGAGGGGCCCGCUGCGUGGCAUCUCCAUCAAGCUGCAGGAGGAGGAGAGGGAGCGCAGGGACAACUACGUGCCCGAGGUCUCAGCCCUGGACCAGGAGAUCAUCGAAGUCAACCCCGACACAAAGGAGAUGCUGAAGCUGCUGGAUUUCGGCAGCCUGUCCAACCUGCAGGUCACACAGCCUACAGUGGGGAUGAACUUCAAGACUCCGCAUGGAGCCGUGUGAGCCUCUGCUGUGCCCUCGUGUUUUCAAUAAACCACAGACAAAAAAAAAAAAAGAA